CACCCGGAAGCAAAACAAGGUUAGGAGGACGUGUCUCCCCGUGACCUGAGCUGGGCUAUAUAUCAAAAUACAAGCCCGCCCAGUAAUCAGUGUUUCUUAUUACACCUGGGGGGAUGGACUGUGGAGGCGUAGCCCACUCUGCCACACACGGUACCUCACAUCUGGACAAGGCCUGAUAAAUCUAACUGACCUGCACUUAAGGAUUGCUGGUAAUUCAACAAUUGAAGAUUUAGUUUUUAAGGAAAUGACUGGGCUGCGUACUCUAUAUGUUAGAGCACAUUUGUUUGCUAUAAAAUCUGAAUUAUUUUCAGGUCUUGUAAAUGUUGAAGAAUUACACCUCAGAGGGUGCCAGAUUCAAACCAUCAAAGACUUUGCUUUUACAAACCUAAGCCAGUUGAGGCACAUGGAUCUUACAUGGAAUAAGAUUUCUGCAAUAACAACAAACACCUUUUUUGGACUUCAGAACCUGGAGAGCUUGAUAAUUGAAAAUAAUCCACUGAGGCACUUUGAAGCAUCUUCCUUCGCCCAUUUCCCCUCGCUCAGGGUUCUCCAUCUUGAAGAUCUGAGGUUUUCCAACUCUGAGCACUCUGGCAUGCAGGUCCUCAACCUGAGUCUCAUCUUUGGGGGCUUCCCUCACCAGCUGUCUGACCUCACCAUCACGUCUGCUGUGCGCCCCAUGACUCUGGUAGUCGCUGAUGACAGCGCCCCAGAGGUGGGCCUGAGUCUCUCACUCUCAGGCCAGAAUAUUGUUUUAUGGGGUUGUGAGAAACGUUUUCUAAAGUCAGUUACCAAACUCCAAGUUACAGCUGAGUUCUUCCUUUGUGCGCCUGACAAUACUGUUGCUAUCAGUCACUUCACGUCUGUGGUCAAUUUGUUUUUUAGCCAGUGGUAUACUAGCACAAUUCAAGAUCUUUCUGGCUUGAGCAGACUUGUGCAUUUAAAAAGACUGGAACUCACAUAUAUUGAUUUCUACAAUCAACCUGGUUUCAAUGUCAUGUUUAAUGGCUUGACCCAACUUGAGAGUCUGAGUCUCUACAAUUGCUUAGUGAAUUCCUUUGACAGGGUCAUCAGUGUGGACAUGAAGUCUCUGAAAUAUUUGUACCUUCAUAUUUCAUCUGAGACCACUGUAUACAAGCAGUUCUUUGAGCCCUUGAACAGCCUAAGAUCUGUUGUCCUAUUUGAGCCACGACUCCUCUGCAACUGUGAAAACUCCUGGUUCAUUAGCUGGGCAAAGCAAGAGAGCCAAGUGGGGGUGUUUCCUCUCUCGAAGCAGCACAGAACACUGCAGUGCCUAAAUGGAAACAGGCUCCAGGACUUGGACAGGUACGGCCUGGCCCACUGCAGGCCGGAGGAGGGGUUUGAGCUUUUCAUCAGCACCACUGGCCUCCUUGUGAUCUUCAUCGUGGCUGUUCUCGUGUACCGGCUGCACAGCAACACUAGAGGGCACUACCGCUAUGAUGUCUUUGUGUCCCACAGUGGUGAAAAUGAGAGCUGGGUCGUGGAGAGGCUCCUGCCCAGUCUGGAGCAGAGGGGGCCUCCAUUUAUGCACCUAUGCCUUUCUAGGAAGGAGUUCCAGCUGGGGAAGGAUAUUGUGGAGAAUAUAACCGACAGUCUCUACAGAAGCUGCCGCACCCUCUGCCUGGUCAGCCGCCACUACCUGCAGAGCAACCGGUGCUCCCUGGAGAUGCGACUAGGCACCUACAGGCUGCAGGUGGAGCACAGGGAUGUGCUCAUCCUGGUGUUUCUGGAGAAGAUCCCUUCUAAUCUGCUCUCUGCCCACCACAGGCUGGCCCGACUGGUCAAGACCAGGACUUACAUAGACUGGCCUCAAGACCCGGCCCAGCAGGAGGCCUUCUGGGACAUACUGUGGAGCAAACUAGUGACAGAAAAGGUGUUAUGAGUUGCCAUGCACCAUUUUUUUUAAUUCUUAACGGUACUUUUUUAAUAAAACUUGAAUGUAACAUAAAGUAGAGCACACAUGUAAAAAGUGCUUUCUGAUAUAGAUACCACAUUAUUUUGAAGAAAUUUGCUAGGAUAAACAGACACCUCUUUUGAUGGAUAAAUUAUGAGAGAUCUCUGAUGGUUAAUGUUGCUCACGUGAACAAAUGUUUUUUUAUGAACCACAAGAUGCAUUAAGAAUCGGAUCGUUUUGAAAUAGAUCCAGAGAGUGGAUGUGGCCUGGGACAGUUCUAAAAUGGUGUUUGAAGCAAAAGUGAAUUCUGCGAAGACUCAACUGAUUAUUCUCCAGAGUUGUGUGGCAGAGCUGUAAAUGUGUGUGUACACUUGGUUGUGAAUCAGAUUUCAAUGUAUUCUGGAGUAAGUACAACCUGUACAAUUUGUCACAUAAAAUAUGUUCAAAGUGUACAAUAAUGUUCACAGGCGGUUUCUUAUAGCAACAUUUUGUGGUUUUUACUGUGUUUCUUUAGGUAUAUUUUGGUAGGUAGCUAGUUUGUACAACAGCCUCAAAUA